UCCACAGAGUGCGGUCACGUCGCGUCUCCCCUUUACACACCAACCCUUUAUUGUGUUAAAAGCACGCGAUACAAUAACUUUGAAUAACACGAACUAUGUAUAUGAAAAUGUGACGAGCAAGCUGAUUUGAUGCUCUACACAUUUGUUUAUUACGUGAGGAGCCCCUACUCCUCGGCGACCAGAUGAGCAGUUUCAGUCGGUAUCGGUGCAAGAGAAGGCCACGAAAAUUGCUCCACACGGCAGUCCCGCGCGCGCGUACAUCGCCUAUCACAAGCUCGGUGCCGGCAUGGAGGCCCAGACCGCCACGCCGCAAGCCGACUGCGAGUGCGGUGUGCAUCCAUCAAUAUUCUAUCUGCUGGCCACUUUGCUGCUCACCAGCUGUUCGACGGCGAUGCUGUGCGCUGCCAUCAUGACAGAUCACUGGGAGCACGUGGUGUGGGACCGCGCCGCCCUCACGGCGCUCGCCAACGCCUCCAACACGCCGCUGCAGUGGCUACUAGACGAGAAAGUUGCUAAGAUCGAGGACACGACUAAUCGAAAAGGCGGCGGCGGCACGUUUCUAGUGCCAAUGAAUGGUGGGAUUUGGACUAUGUGCGUGUCUUUAGAAGAGGAGGAAGCUUCGAUAUUGUCCAGAGUUGGUUUUCCAUCGCAGCCGACGUGCACAAAUUACCUUGCAGACAGCGAUUACGACGAACCCAGGGCUGAUUGGCAACAUCGAAUGCAAAAUCUGUCCAUAUCGUGCGCUCUGGUGUGCCUGAUAGUGCUCGGUAGCGCGGCUCUGGUCGGCGCCUUCGGAGUCUGCAAGCAUCAGAUCAGCGCCGUUCUCAUUACAGGCGUUAUGUACCUUUUAGCUGGUCUCUUCGCGAUGUUCACGCUAAUGAUAAUACAUUUUAAACGUGUGCAACGAGUUUCCACCCGAGGUAGUUCCGCCGGUGAUGACACAGGAGACGGCGUGGUGGGCCCGCGACCACCAGCUCUACCACUUCUCUCGGCACGCGAGUUCUCCACCUCAUGGUCUUUGGAGCUAGGGUGGGGCGGCGUGGUACUCGCUACCACCACAUCCCUACUUUGGAUAAUGCUAUCGAAAAUUAUGAGAUAUAAUCCCAUAUCUGCUAUGCUGUUGUAAUUCCCUAACUACGGCUUGGUUUCCAGAAUCUUCUAGGGUUGUAGUUGGAAGAAUUCAUUUGUAUACAGUUUUGAUGAUUUAUAUAAUCGAUGGAAAAUAUCUGUCGUGUUAAAUACGCACUUGUAAGAGAUGUACAGUCAGUCACACAAUAAUCUGAACAAAUUCAAGACUAAAAAGCUUCUACAUAUUAACUUCAAUUUAAAUAUUUUUCUGUAUCUAAAAUAAAGUAAAACCCUUGAAGUUUAUAUAAGCCACGAAAAAAACGAUUGCUUAUAAGGACACAAAAGUAUAACGUCGAUUUAAAAUUUUUAAUUUAUUCAGUCACUUUUGUAACUGACUGUACAUACCCAAAGCAUAUACCCAAUUCUUUGUAAUGGUUAAAAAUUAACAUUUCUAAAUAUACGUUAAAGAUCUCUGGAAACCAUACAGCAAAUAUACAACGUAGUUGUCAAUUAAUUUUCAACUUUCCAUUUAAAACUAUACCGUGACUAAAUGUCCCAAACUCAAGUCAAUAGCACUAAGUCUUUUAAAGUUCACUUUCCUUAAAGGCCUAAUUAGUAAUUUGCUGUGCACAUUUCCAUCCAUCCCUUGAGGCAGACUAAACUUAAAGUAAUAUUCCCAAAAAAAAAAAAAACAAUAUUAAAAAGUCCAAAUUAUUUUUUCCAUUAUGCUUUGAACUUAUAGCUUUAUAUAAACCGCAGAGCUUGCUGCCGUCCAUUGCUAUUAUACUCCUUUCUAUAAAUUAUACCUACAUUGUGUACCUGUUUCUAACCAAUUCCUUAAUUAUACAAUUUUUAUGAUCGUUUAAAAGCUUUUCUUACUAUAUUUGCUUAAAUUUCGGAAUCUAGGGUAUCGGAAAAGAUCUGCCACCAGUCAAGAACAAAAUCGCAUCGAAUUGCGAGUCUUUGAUGUUCAUAGAUUAAAAAUACAUUUGUCAUUUUUGAAAAUUGUCGUCACUUUUUCGAAAUGAAAUCGAUUAAGAUUUAAGAAUGACCUGAGACCCUAUUUGAGGCUUCACUGAACUCUUGAAAGCUUUGUUAAAUUUCUCACUAAUGUAGAGUACACAAAUAAGUAAUUUCUAAAAAUUCUGAGUGUUACAGUCGAUACUUAAAAAUAUAUGUAAAAAUAACAAAAAAAUCGGAAGUUGAUGGUGCUGCGAAAAAUAGAUUAGUCAAGUCAUAGUUGAAUUUAGAUGAAAUAGUUGAAUUAUGAUAAUCAGCGCUAUAACCUAUCCAAUAUUUCAAUUCUUCAAACACAUGCUUACUAAAAAUGUACUUUAAUGCAAAGUACAAAUAUCUUCACGCUGUUUAUCUAACGUAAAUUGUGGUAGAAUGUAAUUAUAAAAAUGCUCUAAUUUAAAUUUGACGUUCUCUGAAAUGUGCGUCCGGCAUGUCUCUAAUGCUAAAUAUUUCGUAACGUUAUUAAUAACAUAUUGUUAAUGUUAUAAUUAACGCACACAACCCUUAAUGUUUUCACGAGAGAUUUGAUAAAUCAAAAUUAUUCUUAAUUGCGAGUGUUUGUAUUGAAAAAAGAUUGUGUGGAAUUUAUUAAAAACAAUUGAAUAAGUUACGAUUACAAAUUGUGCACAUAUUGUAAUUUGUUAAAUAUAUUUUCGGUAUACGCUGUAAAUAUUUUUAAAUGUAACGCUUUACUUUUGUAAAAGGUAUAUUCAUGUGAUAGUGAAAUUAAUUCAAAUAAAUGUUGGAUGUUUUAUUGUUUAUUCUUUUAUACUUUGAACGCAUAAAGCAAU